AUGAAAGUGGGAGUUUCUGCUAGCAGAAUCUUGUCACAAAGUAGCCGCACAGUUCAUCUCAUCUCUAGACCCCAUUACUUUACCUCACAAAGACCGCGCAGCGCAUUCGCAACAACUCGAUACCCAAUUUCUGAACUUCGGAAUAUCCGAACCUUUAACACCAUGUCUGCCAGCGCGACUGAACAACCACAAGCAACGCCGCCGUCGGCAGCACCAUCAACGGAGGAUGCUACUCCAGCGAAGCCUGAGUUACCACCUCUGACUCCGGCCGAGUUCAAAGUCUACAACCAAAUGGCAGAAAAGAUGAAUUACUUUCACAACCACUUCCGCCACCAAUGGACCCUCCUCCACACAGCAGCCUCGACAGGCCGCCGCCCCCAAAACAUGUCCCUCAAGCAAUUCCUCGACACCGGCCUGCAGUUCACCCGCCACCUCACGGCCCACCACGGCAUCGAAGAAGCCCACGUCUUCCCCAUGCUCGCCCGCCGCAUGCCCGAGUUCCGCACCGGCGGCCGCGGCGGCGGCGCGGAGCUCCUCCGCCAGCACAAGCAGAUCCACGACGGCAUGGACAAGUUCGAGGCCUACCUGCGCGCCUGCCGCGACCGCGAGACGGAGCUCGAGCUCGGCGUCCUGAAGGAGAAGAUGGACAGCUGGGGGGAGGUGCUCUGGACGCACCUCGAUCAAGAGGUGGAGACGUUGGGGGCGGAGAAUAUGAGAAAGUAUUGGACGAUGGAGGAGGUGAGGAGGAUGCCCAUGUGA